UCUACUUUCCACCACCUCUGAGGCCCUUAAACCCCCUGUAAGUUGUAUCAUCUCUUCUUCUUCUUCUUCUUCUUCUUCUUUAUAUUUUCUAAUUUACGGGAAAAAAGAUGAGGCCUGGAGCUGGGUUCAACGCGACGCCGGCGGCGGCACCGGGGAGCAGCGGAGUGGGGCACUCGGCGUGGCACUCGCCGGUGCCGUACCUCUUCGGGGGGCUGGCGGCGAUGUUGGGCCUCAUCGCCUUCGCCCUCCUUAUACUCGCCUGCUCCUAUUGGAAGCUCUCCGGCUACCUCGACAGCGGGAGCGCCGGCGGCGGCAACGGAAGCGACGGCGGGCCCGACGGCAAGGCCGCGGCCGCCACCGCCGCUCCUGCCGCCACCUUCUACGAGGAGAAGAUCGUAGUCAUCAUGGCCGGCGAAGAUAAGCCGACGUUCCUCGCGACGCCCAUGUCGAGUCGGGCUUCUUCUUUCGGCGAUAAUAAUAAUGGCAACGAUAAGACCAAGGAGGAGGAGAAGAAGAGAACUGGGGAUUCUAUGGAGACCCAAAACAAGACUCACAACGAGACUCAGAACGAAAGACCGAGCGACGACCAGACCCCAGAACCAGAGCAGUGAUCCUUGCCUCUCUCCCCCUCCUUUGUUUUGUUUUUUUGCUCCUUUUCCUUUUUUCUGAUGGAACUUUUAUUUGCGGGAAGUGUAAAUUUUUUUGAAGAGUUGAAUGGAAGGAAGUUUGUCGCGAAUUUA